UAGUACUAAAGCAGCCAAGACGAGCAAGGGAAGUAUGAGCAUCAUUUCUCUCACUGGAAGCAUGUCCAAGUCCUUCCACCUUGCAGCAUCCAUGGCCAGAUGCAACUCCCGGAGCCCAAGAUUCCUUGCAUUUGCCGCGACGAGGGGUUUGCAGGGGAGUGCGGAAAGGGAUGCUAAAGAGACUCACAAGAACAUCAAGGACGCGAGUGCAGAGAUCAAGAAGACAGCCGAGAACGUCAGGGAGAAAAUUAAUGCGGCUGCUGAUCAGGUGGUGGACAAAACAAUCGAGGCAGCUGGUAAUGUGAUCGACUCAGUUCAGGGAGGAAGAGCAAAGGGAGUCUCGCAGAGUGCGUGGGGGUCGGCCAAAGAAACCAUGCAGAAGAUAAAGGACACAGUCGUAGGAAAGGCUCAAGAGUCGAAGCAGAGCAUCAAGGACGGCGCAGAGAACACCAAGCGCGCCAUGGACGCCAAACACUAGCACGGCUUUUAUCUUUCUUCAGAGAGCACCGAGCAGUGUGCAUGUUUCAAUAACAAUGUGUAAGGUCGUAGUUAUUGCUGAGCCUCGUUUGCUCAGUCAAUCUUGGCGAGCUCCAUUUGUUCUCUGUUACUGAAUUAUGGAUUGGAACCACUCAACUCC